UAAGAAUUACGGGACGGCCCAUCGUUUGCGCAAUCAGUCAGUCAUCUGACCUCCACAACUGCGUGACCGUGAACAUAGAUCUAAGCACCCCCACCCACAAUAUAAAGUGACACACUACCGAGAUCCACGGCGAAUCACCAGCAUUAAACCAACAUGCGGCUUCCCUUCUUUUCUGUACGACUUCCACCGAAGCGCCAAAUCACACUAUCAGAGCAGCAAUUCUUUAUUCUAAACAGCGACUUGAUUAUCGUUGAGGAAGCUCUCCGAAAGCUUAACAAUGAAAUUACGUCCCUGCGAAAGGAUCAGGAACUGAAAAACGCGGCCUUGGAGGACAGCGUGCUCAGACUCAAUACGGCAUUUCAGGAGAUGGAGGGUGCAAUCGGCGAGCUGAGGAGAGCAAUGAUGGGGUUACAUAGCGAGUCUGUUUCAUGAUAGCUCUGGAUAUUGCAAGGCCCGAGGAAGUACGGAAGGGAUAGUGAUCGAAGCCGAGCGAUAAGGCAAUGAAUCGAUCGUAGAGGCCUUGCAGAGGGUGGAUGAGUCAGAUUUAAGCAGGCCAAAGUCCUUUCCGGUUGGAUGCGUCGUGAUAGAAUCGGUUGAACGAGGUGAAGGAAGGAGGAUUCAUCUAAAGCAGCCGUUAGAAGUUCC